AUGUUUAAAAGUCCAGCGGCGCAGUCCAACACCAACACGGGGGUUGGAACUGCUGUCGCUUUGUUGUCGCUGUUAGCUUCGGGAACAAAUGGAAAAAUAAAGAGAUUCUCACCAAAAACCUCUUCGCUCUCAGUGUCCAUCUGCAGUCUGAGGAAGAUGGAAGACAGGUCCCCAGCCCCGGUCCCAGUGUCCCCGGACUACAUCCAGCAGUGGAUCCAUCAGACGCAGCAGUUCCACGCUCUUCAGGCUCAGUACUCCGGCUAUCACCAGCACUACUCCUACCCCCCCACAGAGGGCGCUAUGUCGAGUGGCCAGAGCCUCAUGGAGCCACCCUCUCUCCCUCCUCACCCCCCUCAGAACCACCAGAACCCUCAGAACCAUCAGAACCAUCAGCACCUCCAAAACCUCCCUCCACUACAGGAGCAGGGAGCAGCCGACCUUGUCAAACCUCCUCCCAAGAAGCGUGGGCGUCCUGCUCAACCUAAAGAACCCAAGCCUCCCAAACCUCCCAAAGUACCCAAGCCCCCCAAAGAACCCAAACCCCCCAAAGAACCCAAACCCCCCAAAGAACCCAAACCCCCCAAAGAACCCAAACCCCCCAAAGAACCCAAGCCCCCCAAAGACCCCAACGCCCCCAAGGCCAAACCGGGACCCAAACCCAAGAAGAAGCCUACAGAGGAGGGGCCAGAGGGGAACCCUGAGGAAAGCCCCAAGAAGGUGAGGCGGAAAGUGGACCGCUUCAAAGGCAUGAGUGAAGAAGAGGUGAUGAAGAAGACGCUGCCUGACCUGCUAGACUACAACCUGGACUAUGUCAUUAUCGGCAUAAACCCGGGGCUCAUGGCCGCUUUCAUUGGGCGCUGGUUUCCUGGACCUGGAAAUCACUUCUGGAAGUGCCUCUUCCUGUCGGGUUUCACUGAGGAGCAGCUCAACCACAACUCAGACACAGUUCUGCCUCAGAAAUACAAGAUGGGCUUCACCAACAUGGUGGCUCGGGCAACUCCAGGAAGCAAGGACCUCAGCAGUAAAGAGCUGCGUGAAGGAGGAAAGAUCCUGGUGGAGAAACUCAAGAAGUUUAAACCUCUGAUCGCAGUCUUCAAUGGGAAAUGUAAAUCAUCCACAUUCACACACACACUAGAGCAGAGGUCAGGAACUUUUACUGUUCCUGAGAUGCCUCCUAAACCCGGGGAGCUCCGCACCGAGCUGCGAGGGUACAGACUGAGGGAGGAGGCUCGCGCUGCGCUUGAGAAGAUCAAGAACGAACACAAACUGGACUGA